AUGGCACCACCACGUGGCCGUGGACGAGGGCGAGGACGAGGGCGAGGGUUCUCAGGGCCUUCAAGAGGCGGUCGUAGGGGUUCUGGGUUUGCGCGAGGCAGAAACAAUCGUUUUCAGACAUCCCGGGUCGAAGAGACCAGAGAGGAGGAAUCUCCGUCUGAUGGCGAGGACCAGUUUGAGGGGUUUGCGGACGAUAUGGAGGAUGUGGACGUCGAUAGCGAGUCGUCUGCUGAGGAAGAGGAGGAGGAGGAGGAGCAGACCGCUGACCGACCAUACAACGUUCUGCUGCAACUGCUAAAUACCGAUUCCAAUGCGGACCUUUCACGCAAGAGGCGAAAGCUUGAUAACGGAAAAAGCGAGAAACAGAGUCGGCCAGAGCCUGUGGAGGAAGAAAAAGAGCCCGAGGAUAUCGACGUUUUAGAAGACCGGGAGGCUUCGGACGAUGACGCCGAGGGUGAAGCCAGCGAGGCAGACGACGAAGAAGACAGUGAGUAUAAACCUACAAAAUUCGUUAAGGGACUCGCUGAUUAUUUAGCUGCGGACCCGUUUGAGAAGCACUUUGCCACACCCGACGAGGCCGAGUUAUCCAAAAAGACCCAAGAGGCAGCGGCUGGCAAAUGGCGCACGAUCAAAGCUCCUCUUCCUGACGACUUCAGGGCAAUCUGCAAUGCUCUGGAGAGCGAGGGCGAUUCCUGGGGUCUGCCUGUGGCUGUGAAAAGCACUCGUAACUUAAAGCUCAAAAAAAAACUGGAAUCUGCAGCAGCAGAGGCCGUGCCAAAGUUUGACGGCCCUUAUCAGAACAUAGCGUCGCUGCUUUUCAACUACAACGACGUGCUUUUCGGCGGCCGAACAGCAUCGAAUGCAGCGCAGAUGCGAGACAUACUCAGCAUCCACAUACUCAACCACGUCUUGAAAACACGCGACCGAGUACUGAAAAACAAUGCUCGUUUAUCGAAAGACCAGAGCGAGGAUAUCGAAGUGCGAGACCAAGGCUUUACCAGACCCAAGGUGCUUUUGAUUCUACCCACUCGGCAAGCUUGUGUUCGGUUUGUCGAGAGCAUCAGCCGCAUCUACCAGCCAGAGCAGCAAGAGAACAAGAAGCGCUUUAUGGACGAGUACAGUAGCACGGAUGAUCACACGUGGGACAAUCGAGCCGAGGAUUUCAUCGACCUUUUCGGCGGAAAUGACGACGACAUGUUCCGACUGGGACUGAAGUUUACGAGAAAGACCAUCAAGUACUAUUCCCAGUUCUACAACUCCGACAUCAUCCUGGCCAGUCCGUUGGGGCUGCGGACGAUCAUGGACAAAGAGGACGACAAGAAAAAUGACCACGACUUCCUCUCGUCGAUUGAAAUCGCCAUUGUCGACCACGCCGACGGCCUGCUGAUGCAGAACUGGGACCAUGUCGAGUACAUAUUCAGCCAUAUGAACCUGCAGCCCAAGGAAGCCCACGGAUGCGACUUUAGCCGGGUGCGCUCAUGGUAUCUAGACGGCCGGGCGCGCUACAUACGCCAGACCAUUGUCUUGUCGUCAUUCAUCUCGCCCGAGGUGAAUUCGCUGUUCUCGCAGCGCAUGCAAAACAUUGCCGGCCAGGCAAAGAUUACGCCGACGUACAACGGAGCCAUCACCGACAUAUCCCUACCUGUGCCGGUGAAGCAGACAUUCUCACGCUUCGAGUCUGCCUCGCCGCUGAAGGACCCGGACAUGCGCUUCAAGUAUUUUACCACAGCCAUCCUCCCGAGCAUCACGCGCGCGGUGACUGGACGCGGCCAGGGCAACGGCGCGGGUAUUUUGAUCUUCAUCCCAUCGUACCUCGACUUUGUGCGGGUGCGCAAUUUCUUCGCGUCUUCGGCGCAGGCGGCCAACAUCUCGUUCGGGGCCAUGUCCGAGUACUCGGAGGGCAAAGACAUAUCGCGAACGCGCAGCUACUUCAUGACGGGGCGGCACUCGGUUCUGCUGUAUACGGAGCGCUCGCAUCACUUUCGGCGCUACAAGAUCCGCGGCGUCAAGCAAGUGGUAAUGUAUGGACUGCCAGAGAACCCCAUCUUCUUCCGCGACGUAGUCGAGUACCUGGCUCUGGACCCGGCAGCGUCGACGUCUGCGGCGGGCGGAGUGCGCUCGCUGUUUUCGCGGUAUGAUGCUCUCAAGCUGGAGCGAGUUGUGGGCAGCCAGCGGGUGGGCAACAUGCUGAGGGAGCGCGGCGAUACAUUUAGUUUUAGAUCCACAUUUACUUUCUACUUCAUCUACUUCAAAGAGAUGAACCAUGAUACCACGAGUGCGACGAGGCAUAUAGACGACAGAAUGGAGGCACCAGGUGAAGACCAGACACCAGACCAGCCAUCCAAAACCCUUGAAAAUGUAGAGCAUCUGGAUGCCCGCCAGCACACUGCAGCGGCCAGCGGGGGGAUGCGUCCCUCGGCCGAUACGCUCUUUUCCUCCGACCUUUCGAUGUAUACCGGCGGCAUAUCCAGCACCAGUCAUCUGCAUAUCAACAAUGACUCGUCGCGAGCCUUGCCCUCAUCUCCCACUAGCCCGGGAGGAAGCAGGAAAAAACGGUCGCUGCGAUAUAUACUCUCAAAAGGAUGGAUACAGAGCAAGGGAAUGCUCAUGGUGAUUGUGUCGCAGUUCUUUGGGGCGUCCAUGAACGUGAUGACACAGAUUCUCGAGCGAGACGGUAGCCAUGGGAAGGCCAUGCAUCCGUUUCAGAUCCUGUUUGCCCGCAUGUUCAUCACAGCAGUAGCCAGCUACGCCUACAUGUGGUGGACGCGCGUGCCAGAUCCCUUUGGCACACGAGAAGUGCGGUGGUUGUUGAUUGCUCGCGCCUUUGGCGGCUUUUUUGGGGUGUUUGGCAUGUACUUUUCGCUGCUGUACAUGCCUCUAGCGGAAGCCACAGUGCUCACGUUCCUGGCGCCGAUUGUGGCGUGCUAUGCCUGCUCAUUCUUGUUGCCGAACGAGCCGUUUACGCGGAAUCAGCAGUGGGCUGCGUUGGUGUCGUUGCUUGGAGUGGUUUUGAUUGCGCGCCCAUUUUCGGGUGGGAAGAUGGAAGACGGGCUGGACCCGGGAGUUUUCUAUAACAGUACCAUGACGGACAGUCAAAUGCAGGCCGAAGAGGGAAUAGAAGCGCCUAGUGCGUCUCAGCACCUCCUGGCAAUCGGCCUUGGUCUGAUAGGCGUCCUGGGCGCAGCAUGUGCCUAUACAACGAUCCGACUCAUCGGCUCGCGAGCACACGCGCUCGUCAGCGUGACUUAUUUCUCCACAUAUACAACCAUCGUCUCGACAAUCGCCAUGCUGGCCAUCCCGUCAGUUUCUUUCCGUCUUCCAGGAAGCGCGGCAGAGUGGGGACUGUUGUUGGGUUUGGGAGUGAACGGAUUCACCAUGCAAUACCUGCUGACCGCGGGCCUGGCAUAUCAACCAACAUCAAAUACAAAAGGACACGGCACGCGCGCGACGUCGAUGGUAUAUACGCAAAUGCUGUUUGCACUGUUUUACGACAAAUUAGUCAUGGACACGUCGCCGUCGGCGAUCAGCUGGGCUGGGUCUGGCUUGAUUUUGGGGUGUGCGCUUUACGUUGCUACGGUGCGCGACACUCCUCCUCCUCCUCCUCCUCAUAAUAAUAUGCAAGAGGAGGAUGGGAUUCAGGUCGAGGACAGGGUUCCGGCAGGUCUCGGAAUUGGAUUGGUAGUGGAUGAAGGGGGGAAGGAUGUUGAGGAGGGUCGGGGGUUGCUGCAGACACACGAGAGCGAUGGCGAGGCUUCUCGAUAG